AUUUUAAGAGAAGGGGAAGGUAAACCGCUCGAUUUCCUCUUCCUCUUCUACGUCGACUUUGAGUUCGUGAAGACGUGUCGUUUGUGUCUCCUAUAAAUAUGGCAGAAAAUCAGGAAUAUGAUAUGGGAAAUGGUGAAUUUGCUCAAGAUGAACAAAAUUAUGAUCAGCAGCAACAAGAACAACAGCAAGAUGAUCAGAUGAAUGGUGAAACUGGAAAUGAAACGGGUGGCGGAGAUGGACCUGCUGAUAGUGGCAGCGCGGAAGCCCCGGGAAGAGAUGAUGAUAGGAAGUUGUUUGUGGGUGGCCUGAGUUGGAUUACAACUGACAAGGAACUGAGAGAACAUUUUAGCAAAUAUGGUGAAAUAGAGAGCAUAAAUGUAAAGACAGAUCCCAACUCUGGGCGUUCAAGAGGUUUUGCAUUUAUUGUGUUUUCAUCUUCGGACUCCAUUGAAAAGGUUCUUACUGCUGGAGACCAUGUAAUUCAAGACAAAAAAGUUGACCCAAAGAAGGCAAAGGCGAGGCAUGGGAAAAUCUUUGUCGGUGGACUUUCGCCUGAACUGUCAGAUGACGACAUAAAAAAUUUCUUUGCACAGUAUGGAACAAUUGUGGAGGUUGAGAUGCCUUUUGAUAAAGUGAAGAACCAGAGGAAAGGGUUUUGUUUCAUAACCUUUGAGUCUGAACAAGUGGUUCAGGAACUGCUGAGGUCACCCAAACAGUCCAUCAAUGGCAAAGAGGUUGACGUGAAGAAAGCUACCCCCAAGCCUGAUGGCAUGGGUGGCAUGCGUGGGGGCAGAGGUGGGCGAGGUGCUGUGCGUGGCCGUGGAAGGGGAGCUCGAGGAAGUCGUGGAGGAGGCUAUGGUAGCCAGGGCUGGGGUAGCCAAAGUGGCUACGGAGGAUACGGUAGCUACGACCAAGGUUAUGGAGGUUAUGGAGGCUACACCGACUACUAUGGGGGUGGCUAUGGAAAUUAUGGAGGCUAUGGAAACUAUGACUACUCUGCAUACCCAGGCUACGGUAGUAACUAUGACUACGGCUAUGGCAGUAGUUAUGACGGCUACAGUGGGGGCAGAGGUGGUGGCCGCGGGAAAGCAGAUUAGUUGUCAUUUCCAUUGGAAAACAGUGGCACUGCACCGUUCCACCGACGUGAUUUUUUGGGAUGACAUGAUGUGAAAAUUGGAAAGUGUGAAUGUGCAAGUGAUUUUAAAUUAUAAACAAUAGUCGUGGAACUAUGGCAUGCUGUCGCAUGAACUGAAGCCAUUUUUUAUUUGAAGUGUUUGUGUUCUCAGUGCCGACGGACUUUAUGAUGUCGACAACUUCUCUGUAUCUAUUGCAUUUUGUCAGUUGAUUUGUGAAGUGAAGGAACUGUAUAAUUUGUACGUGAAGAUUAAUUACGGGCGUCUUUUAGAGGCAGUUCACAUUUUAGUCUUAAGAUAUUUGGUAAUAAAACAUUUUGUUUGUA